UAAUCUACAUCAUCCACCAAUACUCUUAAAAAUGAAAACAAUCAUCUUAUUCUCGCUUGCAUUCAUCUUCGCAGUCAAUUCAGCUCCUUCUCCUGCUCCCGUGCUCGAUACGCAUGGAAACUACCUCCGCACAGGGGGUGGAUACCUACUUAUUCCACUAGAUGGUCUGGUUGGCGGACCCUAUGUGAGGGACUUAGGAAAAAAGUCUUGUGUACCUGGCGUUGUACUAUCCUAUAACGACAAUGAUGGCAUCCCCAUGACGUUCGCUCCUGUCAACCCCAAGAAAGGCGUGAUUCGUCUUUCCACAGACGUUAACAUAAAGUUCUCAUACUCUGACAGUUGUAGUGAGUCAAAUGUAUGGAGGGUGCAAUAUGAUAAAGGUAUGAAGCAAUAUGCUGUGAUGGUGGGAGGUGUUGAAGGAAACCCGGGACCAGAAACAUUGGAUAACUGGUUUAAGAUUGAGAAAACGAAUGACGGUUAUAAGUUUGUUUACUGCCCGAGUGUCUGUAGCUACUGUAAUGUUACGUGCAGCAAUGUUGGAAUUGUUGAAGACAAAGAGGGUUUGCGACGUUUGGCACUCAGCGAUAAGCCGUUGUCUUUUGUCUUUUUCAGAACUUACUAGUUCCAUUGUUUCAUGGAUGCUCGAAUAAACUAUAUAUGCAACCAUGUAUUUAUUUGUUUGAAACCCAUGUAUACAUAUAACAAGAAAUAAGAGUGAAGACUGAAAAUGGUCAAUUAAGAA